AUGAAUCUGUCCUCCACGAACUCCUCCGCGUGGAAAGCGGAGUCCGUGCUGAUUUCGGUGGGAUUUUCGCUCAUCUUUCUGCUCGGCAUCGCGGGGAACUCUCUGGUCCUUGCGGUUCUUUGCCGCAACGGACAGAUGAGCACCAAGACCACCAACAUGUUUAUCUUCAGUCUGGGGGUGGCCGACCUCUGCUUCAUUGUUUUCUGCGUGCCGUUCCAAGCGACCAUCUACACCCUGGACCAGUGGGUCUUCGGUCCGGUGCUUUGCAGAGCCGUGCACUUCAUCAUCUUCCUCACCAUGUACGCCAGCAUCUUCACGCUGACCGCUGUUUCCCUGGACAGGUACUUAGCCAUAUGUUACCCACUUCGCUCCCGGCAGAUGAGGACUCCAAAGAAUGCCCUCAUCUCCAUCUGCCUGGUUUGGUCUUUGGCUUUGGUUUUCUCCACACCAUACCUCAGCUACUUCUCUCAGAUGGACCUUGAUGGCACCUUGCUGUGUAUUCCUGCCUGGGAGCACAAACCUCGCUUCAUAAUGGACCUGUGGACCUUCAUCUUUGGAUACCUCAUCCCGGUCCUGGUGCUCAGCCUCACAUACGCUCGCACCAUCCGCUACUUGUGGACCAGCGUAGAUCCUGUCAAAGACAAGUCAGAGUCAAGGCGUUCCAAGCGGAAAGUCACCAAAAUGAUCCUGAUUGUGGCUGCUCUAUUCUGUCUCUGCUGGCUCCCUCAUCACCUCAUCAUCCUCUGCAUGUGGUUUGGACAAUUCCCGCUCAACCACACAACGUAUGCCCUGCGCAUCCUCUCCCAUUUGGUAGCCUAUGCCAACUCUUGCCUCAAUCCUAUAGUCUACGCACUCGUCUCCAAGCAUUUCCGCAAAGGUUUCCAGAACGUUUUCAGCUGCUCGAGGAAGAGGAGGGAGGAGAACAGGGUGCACGUCAUCCAGGCAGUGAACACAGUCAGCAAUAUUGAGACGAGACCCUCAGAGGAAGAAGCAGCUUCCACUGCAACCUGA